AUGGUAUCAGAAGCUUUUCCUUGCCCGAAUCGCACCAUUGUUAAAUAUGAUGGCACUUCCGCUCUUAAUUCUGCUUUUCAACAAUGGAUUCAACUUGAUUCCAUUGUAUUAUCUUGGAUUCAGUCAACAAUCUCUCAAGAGAUUCUUCAAGCAAUUCUCCGUCCAAAUCACUCGCUCACUUCUGGAGUGGCUUGGCUAGAAAUUAAACGUCUAUUUCGUGAUCAAGUGAGUUCUCAGACUCUUCAACUGAAGGUACAAUUUCAUAAUCUCAAAAAAGGUGAUCUCUCGAUCAAUGAUUAUGUUCAUCGUUUGAAAUCCAUUGCGGAUGCCCUCAUUUCUAUUGAAAAUCCUAUUUCUGAGACUGAACUUGUCCUUCAAAUCCUAUCCGGUCUUCCUCCAGACUACAUGUCUGUAAGUACCUCUAUUUCUACUAGAGUUACACUUCUCUCUUUUGUUGAAACUCGAUCACUUCUCUUUCUCCAUGAAUCCCAAUUGAACAACUUCUCCCAAACAAAUUCAGACGUCUUCCCUACAGCACUUGUUGCCAAGCAACAAUCUUUAUCUCAUGGGCGUGGGCAUGGUAGACAUCAAAAUGGUGGUCGAAACUCUACUAAUAAUUGA